AUGAGCCGCAUCGACAACGGGCUGGUGGAAGCGACGCGAAAGUUGAAGGUUGUGGGACUUGAAGAAUCUUAUCAUGAACGUGACCCCGCAUCACGAUCACGAUCAUCAUCACCAUCAUCAACAGGAUCACCAACAUCAGCACCAUCGACGCCAACCUUACAAGGAGAUACCAAUGACAACAACUUCGAGGACGGCAACGACGCAAAACCACAAGCAGUCUGCCCCUCCUGCCUCAACCUCUCCUACCCGCUCUUCCGCCCCUUCGACUCGCACCCACCAAUCCUCAACUCCUACAACCACAUCCAGAUUUCCCACUCUGGGUCCCGCUCUGAUUCCCACUAUGGUUCCCACCACCACCUCCCAACCCACGCCCAUUCCCAUUCCACCCUCCCACCUCGCUACCUUUUGAUCGAGUAUCACGACCUCCUGCGUACAUCCGGUCAUGAUCCCAACAGCAACAGCAAUUCACCAGCAUGUCCCUACUGCCCCCUCUUGCACAAAGCCAUCAACCUUUUCUGGGACGACGACCCAUCAAGUUACUACAUUUCCAAGGCGCCGGUGGCGGAUGCGAGGAGUUUCAGGAGGAUUUUGUGUUUGACCCAGCAACCUGCUGCACCACCUUCUAAAUUGGGGGAGCAGGAUGGGGUUGUUAGGGAAGGGGAAGGAGAAAUAGGAGGAAAAGGGGGAAGGCUCUGCCUCUUCAGAGCGCUUUUAUACGACGAUUACCCGGAUGCGACCUUUCCACAUGCGUUGACGGUUAGGGAUUCGACGAGUAGGGUUGAGUUUUAUCAUUAUCCUUGGGAUUUGGUUGACCUGCAGAGAAGCGCAGAGGAGGGGGCAAAAGAGCAAGGAAAGGGGGAGAGAGGGGGAGGUGAAGGGUUGGGAAAGGGCGGAGACCAAGCAUUGGAGAAUGAGGGAGUCAAAGGGACGGAUGAGAUGGGAGAGGGCAGGGUGACUGGAGAGGGCAGGGUGACUGGAGAGGGCAGGGUGACUGAAGAGCCCGAAGAGGUUAGAGAGCCAGGAGAAACAUUGGAGGGCAGAGAAGACAAGGAAAGCACGGAUGCGGUCGAUGAAGAGGAAAGGAGGAAAGUAAACGACCGAAUGGAGCGCGAAGAGGAGAGGAACGAAGGAGUCCAACACAACAAUCCCCUCCCGCUUCCACACCCAGCAAUCAACUUCGCCAACCACGUCCCUUACGCCAUCACCCUGGACCGGGUCGUCCGUCUCGCAACCCGUUGGCUUUCCCAAUGCGACUCUUCACACCCCAAAUGUGCUCCCGAACCUCACACCCUCCCGCGCCGCCUCCUCGACCUCCGCGGCGGCGUCAGAUUAAUCGACACCACCACCUCUCCCUUUUUCUCCCCAUCUUCCCCUUCUUCCUCUUAUACUCCCCCAGAAUACACAACCCUCUCCCACUGCUGGGGCCCCCCCUCCCCCACGCACCCCCUCCUCACCACCACCGUUUCCACCCUCCCCAUCCACACCUCCCCAUCGGGAAUCCCCUGGCCGACCCUCCCCCUUUUGUUUCAGGACGUAGUCCUCCUCGUCCGCUCCCUCGGCUACCAAUACCUCUGGAUCGAUUCACUCUGCAUCCUGCAAGAUUCCGAAGAAGACUGGUUGCGCGAAAGCGCAAAUAUGUCGUCGAUAUAUGCGCACGCUGCGCUGAAUAUCGCGGCUACAGCGCAGCGGGAUGCGAGUGUUAGUUUAUUUCGGAGGAGGUUUCAUGGGCAGGGGUUUCGGGAUUUGAAGAUGAGUGUGACGGGGAAUAACAGGAGUUUGAGGGCGGGGAUGGAUACUGUUGAGGUUGGGAGUUUGCCUCUCUCCCUACCUCUGGAAGAAGGAGAGGGGGUGGGGAAAAGGGAGAUCGAAUACUUCCGCACGCUCAAGGAACCCAUCCUCAGCAGAGCAUGGGUCUUCCAAGAACGCCUACUAAGCAGACGAACCCUCCAUUUCGGCAGCAGUGAAGUCCUAUGGGAGUGCAGAAGCGGAUGUUUCUGCGAAUGCGGCGGGAUCGAGAGGGGACACGUGUUGAGUGUGCGGAACUUGAACAACAACGCUGCUGCUUGUUGGAGAGCGCCUGGCACGGGGGGCAGUAGGGGUGCAGAUAUUGAGGGUUCGGGCCUGUUGAGUCCCCCGUUGCCACUAUCGCGGUCAUCAACUUUCGACACGGACUCGCCAUCGUCUCUAACCUGUGGAACGAUACCGAAGAAGGUAUUAUUCGCUAACCUCACUUCUCCUGGCCCGCCGGAGACGGAGACGACAAAAGACAGCCGUCUCCUCCACGACUUCUUCCUCCGCUGCGUAGAAGAGUACUCCUUCCUGUCCCUAACCAAAGAACUCGACCGGUCCUUUGCUUUAGCCGGCAUCGCUAAGCGAAUCCAUUCUCUCCUCGGCCCUUCGGAUCGAUAUCUCGCCGGUCUCUGGCUGCACGACUUACCAAGGGCGCUGCUGUGGCAACCCUACCGACACAAAAAGGUGCUUCGGGCGGGUGACAAAAUCCCUACUUGGAGCUGGAUGUCGCGCUCGUGUUAUCCGGUGGAAAACACGGCGGCGUAUCAUGGGAAGGCAAGAGGGCACUGGCCGACGGCGAGUAAAUGUAGUGUGCGGUACAAACACAUUACGCGCUCGGGGUACGAGUUUGAGGUUGAUGAGCGGCUGGAGGUUAAUCCCGACCCGACAAAGACAUGGUGUGAAUAUGAAGGCGGAAGAGUCACACUGAGGGCAGCAUACCGAUGGGGAGUGGUAUGGACGACUGGGACCAAAAAGAGCAGUCAUGAGUGGACGGGGAGGAAUAACUUGGUGGUAGCCAUUCAGUAUGAUAAUGGCAAUGGGAAGGAUGAUGGUGAUGGAGGGGAGGGCGUUUUGGUGCCCAUGUUGCCGGACUGUCCUAGACAUGAUGACCCGGGGAGUGUGGCGCUUAUGGAAAGGGUGUUGGUGGUGUUGUUUGGUGGAAGGAAGAAGAAGACGCUGGAUGAGGAAACGGGAGAAGAUGCGGAUGGGCCGCAGUUCUUUUUGGCGUUGAAAGAGGUGGAAGGACGGGAAGGUAUGUUUCAGCGGAUUGGGUUUUUGGAGUCGGAGUGGAGGAUUGAUUUGUUUAAGAAUGCCGAGGUGCGGACCAUUACCUUGAUUUGA